GUGCUCGAACUGCCGACACACAACUGCACUUUUUGAUUGCCCUCGCCCUUGCCCACGAGAUCUGCGGCCCCUCCCGCCACCAUGGCUGAGAUAAAGCCGACGCCCAGGAAGGUCAUUGAGACCAUGAAGGAAGCCACUGGUGCCACGGAAGAAGAUAUCAAGUCCAUGCUUCAGCUUUGCGGAGGGGACGUUAACAUGGCGACCGAGCGCCUCCUUGAGAGCCCGUUCCAAACAGUGGGCAAGAAGAAGGACCGCAAGGCACGCGAGGACGACCGCAGGAAUGAUUCUCGUUCUGCUGGUGGACGUGGCUACGAUCGGUUUGCUAACGGUGGCUUGGGAAGGGGCCGCGGCAGGGGCGAGGGCGGGCGUGGCGGCCGGGGGAGCGGCUACGCGACCGGACGUGGAUCUGCCGGGGCUCCGCCGCCGCGCGGUCCGUCCGCCGGUCCUCGCCAGACAAACUCCUCAAAUUUUAACACAGAUUCUAAUGGCGGUUCGGCCCAUGCCGAUAGCAGCUGGGCAGCGCCGACCGCUCAGGAUGGCGAUGCAUGCGCAUGGGGCACCUCGGGCAGCGCCUCCUGGGCCUCCCCCACGCCCGCUGCACCGCCCGCGCCGGAGCCGGAACUGGUAGCAUCGGCCUCAGCUGUCCCAACAGCUGAACAAACCAUCACCUCAACAAGUUAUGCUGUGCCGUCAGUUUCGACAGCAGCAAGCGAUUGGGGAGCAAAUGCUGGCAAGGACCUUAUGGGGAUGCUGUCGGGCGCCACUGUGCCCUCUCCCGCGCAGGUCGCCGCACCAGUAGCGGCGCCGGUACCUGUCGCAUCUGCCCCCACCGACAAGGUAGUUACGCUUUCUGCAGCAGACAACCAGGUGGCACCCCCCACGGCAAGCAGCCAGUACGCCUCAUACGUUGCCGCACCCUCGCCUGCUGCUCCCGCUCUGCCGGCGGAAGCGCCCAAGCCCGCAGCUCCCGCACCGGCUCCGACCGCGCCGGCAGCCCCGGAGGUGGAUAGUCUGCAGCUGAGCUUCGGCACGUUUAACAUUGGUGGCGGUCUCGGUGACUUUGGCGCCAACUUCAGCACAUCCUACAACACCCAGGCCGCUGCCGAGCCCCCGAAGCCGCAGCCCCCGGCACCCCAACCGCAGCCACAGGGACAGCAACCGCAGGCUGUAGCGCUGCCCCAACAACAGCCACAGCAGGUGGAGCAGGCGGUGCCCGCUGCACCAGCUGCCGCCUCUACGGUUGCCCUCGCCGACCAGUACAAGCAAGCCUAUGCCCAGUAUGCCAUGCAGACCGCCGCCGAUAAAGCUGCUGCCGUGGCCGCUGCUGCCCCCUCCGCAUCCGCAGCUGCUGAGCAUUCCACACCCGCGGCCACCUACGGGAGCUUCCCGUCGCAGGCUGCUGCGGCUUUUGGCGGCGCGUUUGGCGCAUCGGGCUUUGGUGCUGCUGGCCAGGUGCCUGAGGCAGGAGCGCGCGUGUUCACGCAGACGGAUUACGCCGCCGCGUACAGCCAGGACGUUCUUAAGCAGGCCGCACAGUCUGUCUAUGGGCAGGCGCCGGCUGCCCAGACUGCGUCAGCCUACGGCACCCAGCCGCAGCAGCCGCAGGUCGCUGUACCCCAGCAGCAACCCCAGCAGCAGGCCCAGCAGCAGCCGCAGCAGCAACAGGUUGCCGUUCCCCCGCAGGCCCAGCAGCAGCCGCAGCAGGUGCAGCAGCAGCCGAUGCCCGUCAGCCAGCCGCAGCAGACGGCUGUGAGCCAGCAGCCACACCAGCAGCAGCAAACCCAGCAGCCUUACGCCACGCACCAGGUUAGCCAGGUUCAGCAGCAAUACGCUGCGCAGUACGCAGCGGCUCAAGCCCCGUAUGCGCAGACCCAGAUCGGACAGCCCGCCGUGGCGAGCGCGGCCGCUUACAACCAGGCCGGCGCUGCCAAGUACAACCCUGCUACUGGCAUGUACGGGCAGGCGGAUCUCAGCGGCGCCGCCGGGGCAUCGAGCGCGGCGGCUGCGAGCACCGCCACGACCACGGCACCGCAAGUGCCCAAUGCCCAGACAGCAACUGCUGCGGGUGGGGUUCCUGUGAACCAGUACACCGCCGCGCCGGGCGUUAUCCCGCCCAUGCAGUAUAAUACCGCCGGAGCCGGAGCAAGCCAUCUGCAGUACACGCAGGCGUACCCGUACAACAACCCCGCGUUUGCUGCAAUGUACAAUAACCCAUAUGCUGCUGCGAUGUAUUACCAGCAGAUGGGAUACAACCAGUACCAGAACCCUGCGGCGGCUGCAGGAUCGCAGCCCCAGCUGUACCUUCAGGCCAACCAGCACAUGGGCCAGAGGUCCGCGUUUCCCAACUACAGUGCGGCCAACCCCGUGGCGGCCGGUGCUGCUCAACUUCCGGGUGGCGCCUACAACACAAACCCAGCUGCGGGUUACGGGUUGACCGGCUAUGAUGAUGCCAGCACAGCCACGGCGUCUGCAGUAAACGCGGCCGCAUCGGCCGGCGCAGCCGCCUACAACGUGCCGGGGGCUGGUGGUGUCAAGCCCGCCGAUAAACAGGACCCAGGCAGUCUCGGCGGCUAUGGCAUGGGCGCCCAGCAGCAGCAACAGCAGCAGCAGCAGCUGCCCCAGGCUGCCAUGCAGCAGCAGGCAGGUGGCCAGCCAGGGGGCCAGGGAGGGCACAUGGGACACGGCGGCCAGCACCACGGUGCUGGGCACUAUGGUAACCAGGCGUACGGGGGGUACGGUAACCAGGGCUACGGUAACCAGGCGUAUGGCAACCAAGGGUACGGCGGCGGCCACUACGGUGGUGGCGGCUACGGCGGUCAGCGCGGCGGCUAUGGCGGGUACAACCGCGGGGGCCCCGGGAACUACAGCAGGCAGUAG